GCGCAGAACCAGUCAUUGUGUUGCGUCGCGGCGCAAGAAGAGCAGGAUUGGUGCUGGCAUCGCCUUCGCGGCAGUUUUAUUUAUUUAUUUAAAUUAUCUUAACACUCCCGUGCCAUACAAGACCAGCGAAGAUGAGAGCUAAAACGGCGGUGUGCCUGCUGCUGGUGGCGGCGGCGGCGUGUGUGUCUGCCGAUGAGUGGUCGUGGGGCACGGAGGGCGAGGAGGAGGCCCCGGUGAGCCAGGGUCAAGCCACCUUCAGCGUCUCCCUCAGUCCAGAGGAGGAAGACGAACAGGAAGCACCACCGUCCGCCAGAUCCAUCGGCGUGGACGUGCUGCCCCUGGAGCCACACGGAGAGCUGACGGAGGAGGAGCUGCGAGCCUUUGCCCUGGCCGAGGAGGGCGGGGACCGCGAGGGACGCUUCCUGGGCAUCAGUGAGAAGCUUUGCUCGUAUGGCAUCGGGAUUAACUGCAACAACAGGAAACACUCCGGGUCCGUCAAAUCUCAUUAUGGGCCUCCUCCAAAGCACGUGGCCAUUCCCUCUAACUCCUACGGCGCCCCUUUCCCCAAGCCUCCAGGCAGUUACAGUGCCCCUGCACCCAAGCCCUCAGGCAGCUACGGUGCCCAUCCCCCCCUCCCCUACCCCAAUAGGAAACACCAGUACACCCCAACCAAGGCCGCAUCCUUCUCCCCCUUCAAGGGCAUCAUGUCCGCCCUGGAGCCUUACCUGCCCGGCAGCACCAAGCCCAAGUACCCGCCCAAAGACAACCACGGACUCCUCGGCUCCUCUUACACCGCCCCUAAUCCCACCUACGCCCCUCUGCUCCCAUCCUACCACCCCCCGACGCCCAAACCCGCCUACGUGGCGCCUCGGCCUUACGUGGUGCCAGCCAAGCCCGUGCACCUGGCCCAGAAGGUGGACUACGUGGCGCCCAAGCCAGCUUACGUGAACCCCGUGCACACGUAUACCGUGACGGUGAAGGAUUCCGUGCAGCCCACCAUCGUGGAGCACCACUCCCACACCCACACCCACGUGUACAAGGGCGACGCUGCCGCCGUCACUCAUCACCACGACGACCCCUACUAUGUUCAGGGAUCCCAGCAGGUCUUCAAGCGCCAGGAGUCCUCCGUCAAGUCCCACGGCGCUGACAACAUCCAGGACCUCCUCAGCCAGGACCACCAACGCCACGAGACUCGCGUGCGCGUCACCAGCAGCGUCUCCUCCUCGCAGGGCACUCACAUCACCCAGCCACAGAACUUCCGGCCAGGCAAGAUAGAGCAAGGCUUCAAACCCAUGAACACGGUGCCAGACACACUCUUCCGCUCCCAGGCUGACCCCAUCUACCGCGAGGACUGCCAGUGUGUGUCAGUGUCCUUCUGCGCCGCUCACGACGUGGUGCUGCCCUUUACUAGCGACAUCAGGCAGUUCUUGGACGCCCGCAACCAAAAGUCUGACAUAUUGUCCAACGCCACAGAAACAGACCAGGGCCAAGAACAGCCCGCCACGGAAGAGCCACAACAAAACGCCGUCAGGCGAGGCCGCGUGCUGGGCCUAUCCGCCGAGAGAGUGUACGUGAGCGGCGCCAACGAGACCGCUACCGACACUGCCCUGGAGGAGACAGUGACAGAGGCGGUGACGGAGGCAGCGACGGAGCAGCCGCUCAAUGAGGAGAUGGAGACCGAGACCGAGGAGGCUGUGACUGAGACCAGCCUGACUGAGGAGGAGUCCCGCGUCAGGAGGGACGUGGAAGCUGAGGAGCCCGUGGAAGAGCCUGUGGAGGACGCACCUUCGCCUGCGCCUGCUGCCGCCAUUCCCCGCCAAGGACGCCAGCUGACCGGUUUCACUCCCGAGGGAGGCGGCACCUGUGGCUUCGACCACGUAUGCUGUCGCCGCCCAGUGUUCCGCUCUGCCGCGCGCGAGGAGCCGCACCGGUACUCCUGUGGGCGCCGCAACGCCAAGGGACUUUUGGGCCGAGUGAAGAACCCCAGCGUGGUGUUCUCUGAGGGAGACACGGAGUUCGGCGAGUACCCGUGGCAGGCGGCCAUCCUCAAGCGAAAGGACAGGGACAUGAUGUAUGUGUGCGGCGCAGCGCUCAUCCACAGCAGAUACGUGCUGACAGCGGCUCACUGCGUGGACGGUCUGAACCCUGCCGACCUUAAGGUUCGCCUGGGCGAGUGGGACGUGGCCGCCAAGUCUGAGUUCUACAAGCACCUUGAGAUGCGUGUCACGGGACUCUACACUCACCCUGAUUUCUACGCCGGCAACCUCAACAACGACUUGGCGGUACUGCGCCUCGAGAGCUACGUGGACUUCGCCCACAACCCGCAUAUCACGCCCAUCUGUCUGCCGGAAGAGGGCGCGCAGUACCACCACCGGUGCUACGCCACGGGCUGGGGCAAGGACGGCUUCGGCACUGAGGGAGAGUUCAGCCACGUCCUGAAGGAGGUGGAGGUGCCGAUGGUGUCCAGCGAGGAGUGCACGCAGCGGCUCCGGCAGACCAGGCUGGGGUCGCAGUUCAACCUGCACGAGGGCAACCUGUGUGCCGGCGGCGAGCCUGGACGCGACACGUGCGAGGGUGACGGCGGCGGCCCCCUGGUGUGUGCCGGACCAGAGGGCGCCAUGGAGCUGGCGGGCCUGGUCUCCUGGGGCAUCGGCUGCGGCCAUCCCGGCGUGCCUGGCGUGUACGUGCGAGUGUCUCAUUACCUGGCGUGGAUCCGCGCCAUCACCAGUGCCUAACGUGUCGCCGCCACGCCCACUGCACGCCCUGCCGCUCAUCUCAACUCCUACUUUGUUUAUUAGUGAGGGAACAUACGUAAAUGACACACACACACACACACACACACACACACACACACACACACACACCACUCGUGGUCUCUCAGCACCGGAGACUCCCCGUAAGCACCUUUGUGCUGUUAUAAGUACUCUUGCUUCAAGAGAUCCUCUAUUGUAUUGUACUGUGUUUUAUAUAUUCUAUUUAUACAAAAAAUAAAUAAUGAUACCGGAAA